AUGUUAGUUCCAGUAGUAACUGAUGAGUGUGAAAACACUGAUUUUAUAGAAAUUUUAAAAACAAUAAUCAAAAUUUUAAUAAUUUACUCAGAAAACGAUUAUUGCAUAGAAGAAGCACAUGAUCUAGCACUACAAAUCAUAUUCUGUGAAAAUGAAGUUGUUAAUGUCCAAAAUUCCGAAUUAAUUUUGAAAUUAUUUAACAAAACGAAUUUUGCUAAAGAAAUCAUAGAAAUGAAUCUAUUUGAACGUCUUGCUGAUCUUGCAUUUGAUUCCGAUGAGAAAUGUCCUAUAGAUGUUUUAUCAAAAUUUAUUUCAUCAUUUUCUGAAAAUUCUGAUUUAAAAAAUUCGAUUUACGAAGUAUCAACAAACAUUUUAUGGUCAGAAUUACCAGAAGCAGUAAAAAGAACUCUUUCAGAACGAAAAUUAGAGUCUGCAGAAUCAUAUUUAGUUUUUUUUGAUACAAAAUUAGUUUUAGAAGAAAAAUAUCCAAAUGAUUUGAAAAUUUAUGAAUUUACAAAUCUCUGGAACUUGAUUUAUCCAAAUGAAUCUUUUAUUAUUCAAGAAAGGUAUAUUGCUGUAUUACUUAGGAUAUGGAGAUAUUCAUCAGCUGAUUUCUUUGUUGAAGCAUUUAACGAGAAAUUUGUUGAAGAUGUUUUAAAUGUUUUGGAGAAUUGCAGUGAUUUGUUGCCUUUGUCUUUUGAAGUUUUCGAUUAUUUAAUUCUUUCUUUUGUUAAUCAUGGAUUUGAUACAUCUCGCAUCGAAUGUAUUGUCGAAUUUCUGAGAAAAUUGCAAGAAGAUUCGCCAGAAUUAUGCGAAGAAAUUGAUGAAGUUCUUGAUAAAUAUUUUCAAUAUGAAUAA